CGUAGUGCAGCAAGCUACCCAGUUUUGUGGUCAGGAAGGCGCCAGGCGGCAAAGUUAAUUUCGCGUGGAGUUCCGGGGUAACGCCACGUGGCUUUUGGCGCUCAAACAUGGCAGCGGCUGCAGACUCUGCGAUCGCGGCAGCCUGUGCGGCCGGCGCCUGGGCGGCGGCGGGUGAACGCCAUGUGGGACAUUUUUUUUCCCGCCAUGUGCGGCAAUCGUCGUCGACGAGGCAGCGUGAGGUUCCCGUCCGUGUUCUGCGCGGGAUGAUGGAGACAUGCCACGUGUCAAUUGCACGAAAGCCGCUGCUCUGCUUUCGCAGGAAACGAAUUCGCCACCAGCGGCUUCGGCAGGUGUCAAAAAGAGGAGGAGGGGGAGGAGGAGGAGAGCAAGCCAGCAGGAAUGCCACGUCAGGAGUUAGCAGGUGCUGUAUCAACAACGAGAGUGCGACUAGAAGCAGUUGGAAUGCUGACGUGGACGAUAAGCCCGUUCAAUCCGACGUGGAGAAUGAGGAUGGCAGGGAGGCCAGCGAGACAUUGACAAUCACGCUAUCUGUUGCGCCAAGUGUGUCGAUGGUGGCUCCAGAGGACUGGGAUGCGUGUGCAGCAGAUGCAGCAGGGAAGGGUUCGUUCAAUCCACUCAUAUCGCAUGCCUUCUUCUCGAGCUUGGAGGACAGCAAAAGCGCAGUGAAGGGAGAAGGCUGGUACCCACAACAUCUGAUAGCUAAAGAUUCAAGUGGGAAGGUCUUAGGAGUUGCGCCUCUCUACCUGAAAAGAUAUGGAGCAACGAGUAAAGUGGGAAAGGAUGAAAAGAACCCGGAGUAAUGACUAAUACAAUCCAAAAAAUAUCCUUGAACUUCGUUGCCAGAAAUGCGACUUCUCUUUCCUUGCCGAAAAGGAAAGGGCGUGAGCGGGGGUGUUUGAGAAGUCGGGGCCCCGAUGAUCCGGCUGGCUUUGUCCACGUGGUCGUCGACACCGAUACACACGUAUCCACCGUUCACAAAACAAUAAGAUCAAUCCCUAUCAACUUGAGAAUUGCCCUCGUAAAGGAAAUCAAGGCAAUAUGAUGUG